AUAACUGCUGCUUUCAUAUCUGAUUCAUGUCAGCUCCAGGGAUGUUUCAAGUUGAAUGGGAUGUACCAGCAUGGAGAAUUUAUUAUUGGAGGCCUCUUUGAGGUACAAAACCUCAAAGCUUUCCCAGAACUUAGCUUCACAACUGAGCCUGAACUGCCCCAGUGUGAGGAAUUCUAUAUGGCAAGUUUCCAGCAAGCACUGACUAUGGUUUUUGCUAUAAAUGAGAUUAAUAGCAAUAACAAAUUGUUGCCUAACAUCACACUUGGUUACCAGAUUUAUGACAACUGUUUAAGGCUUGGAGUGGCAUUCCGGGCUGCUAUGUCCCUGGUUAGUGGGACAGAGGAAUCCUCAAACUACAGUUGCACUGGCCCUCCUCCCGUGAUUGGCAUUGUCGGGGAUCCUGGUUCAACUCAAUCUAUAACAAUUUCAAGUGUCCUGGGGCUGUUUCGGGUUCCUAUGGUUAGCUACUAUGCUACCUGCUCAUGUUUGAGUGACAGGAAAAAGUACCCCUCUUUCUUCAGAACAAUUCCCAGUGAUGCCUUCCAGGUCCAGGCUAUGGUUCAGAUCUUAAAACAUUUUGGAUGGACCUGGGUUGGUCUCCUCUACAGUGAUGAUGACUAUGGCAUCUAUGCUGCUCAGUCCUUCCAGCAGGAAAUGCAGAUUGUGGGAGGUUGUGUGGCUUUUUCUGAAAUGUUGCCUUAUGAUAACAAUGGUAAAGACAUUCAACGAAUAGCAGGAGUUAUUCAGAGGUCUACAGCCAGAGUUGUUGUAGCAUUCUCAACUGAUCUGGCAUCUUUGAUGGAUGAUACAAUAAGAAUCUUCUGGGAGACCAUGUUUGGGUGCAAGUUUGAGGUUGGAGGGAAAAAAGUAGACGAACAACAAGAAAUAAGGAGAAACAAAUGUUCAGGUCAAGAGGAUCUGAGCAACUCAGAAACAGCAUACACUGAUGUGUCAGAGCUAAGAGCCUCUUAUAAUGUUUAUAAAGCUGUUUAUGCCUUGGCACAUGCACUUCAUGACCUGGUAAAGUGUGAGGAAGAGAAAGGGCCAUUCACUGGGAACAGCUGUGCUGACAUAUCCAAUCUAAAACCAUGGCAGCUGGUUCACUACAUACAGAAUGUAAAAUUCACUACAGGCUUUGGGGAUCAUGUGUCAUUUGAUGAGAAUGGAGAUGCUCUGGCCAUCUAUGAUGUAAUGAACUGGCAUCCAAGGUCUGAUGGGUCGAUCAUUGUUCACGUGGUCGGUGUGGUUUAUGAAGAGGCAAUAAUAGGGAAAGUCUUAACACUGGAUGAGGAUGCUUUAUUCUGGAACUUUGAGACAAAAAAGCCCCCAGACUCUGUAUGUAGUGAGAGCUGCCCCCCAGGAACCAGGCGAGCCAGGAAGAAGGGUCUCCCUGUCUGCUGUUUUGACUGCCUGCCAUGUGGCGAUGGAGAGAUUUCUAAUUCAACAGAUUCACCUGAAUGUUUCACAUGCCCAGAGGAUUUUUGGUCGAGUGCAGAAAAUGACUGUUGUGUUCCCAAAGAAAUGGAAUUUCUUUCCUAUGAUGAUCCGCUAGGAAUAUCGCUGACCACUGCCUCUCUUUUAGGAACCUGUUUCUGUGUUCUUGUGUUGGUUAUUUUCGCUUAUCACCAUAACACUCCAGUAGUACGCGCCAACAAUUCAGAGCUCAGCUUCCUUCUGCUGGUGUCACUCAAACUGUGUUUUCUGUGUGUGCUGCUGUUCAUUGGCCAGCCACAGUUGUGGACAUGUCAGUUAAGACAUGCUGUGUUUGGCAUAAGCUUUGUCCUGUGCAUCUCAAGCAUUCUAGUUAAGACUAUGGUGGUAAUAGCUGUAUUCAAGUCCUCGCGGCCAGAGGGAAAAUCUGCAAUAAAGUGGUUUGGUUCAGUGCAGCAAAGAGGGACAGUUAUAGCCCUAACUUCGGCACAGGUCGUGAUAUGUACUGUCUGGUUGUCCUCUGCAUCCCCAACACCCCAUAAAAACAACCAGUACAUCCAUUCUAAGAUAGUAUAUGAAUGUGCUAUAGGCUCAGUUGCUGGUUUUUCUCUGCUCCUGGGAUAUAUUGGACUGUUGGCAGCAGUAAGCUUCUUGUUAGCCUUUAUGGCAAGGAAACUUCCAGAUAAUUUCAAUGAAGCAAAGUUUAUCACAUUUAGCAUGCUGAUCUUCUGUGCUGUGUGGAUUGCAUUUGUUCCAGCAUAUGUGAGUUCACCAGGAAAAUAUGCAGUAGCUGUGGAGAUAUUUGCUAUUUUAGCUUCCAGUUUUGGAUUACUGGCUGCCAUAUUUGCCCCAAAGUGCUACAUAAUUAUAUUACAUCCAGAGAGAAACACUAAAAAAGCCAUCAUGGGACGAUCAACUCAAAAGAAAUAA